ACAAUGAACGGGAUUGUUGUUCCGCACUACAUUUCCCAGAAGUCCACUGCGUGUCGUCUGUCGGGCGUGUGAGAGAAAGAUGAAAACUGGAUCACAUGCAGACUUUGAUAUAGCAUCAAUGGCUGCAGCAGAUCUUUUCUCCCGGGCUUUGCUGUAUUAUGAUCUGUAGUAAACCAACACUCUUUGAUCGAUUCUCAGGAGGACCUGUGGCAGGUGUAACCAGCACUGUACCAUCACCUGACAUCAGCAACCGUACAAGAAUGGAGACUACUUUUGGAUCUACAUUUCCAGCAGUUCCCCAAGUAGCUAAAGUGGAAACUAAUUACAAACAGCACCGCAGGACCCCUUCAUCGUCUAGCACCCUGACCUACUCCCCUCGUGAUGACGAUGAUGGCAUGCCACCCAUCAGUACUCCUCGUCGCUCAGACUCUACCAUUUCGGUUCGUUCCCUGCUCUCUGAGUCCAACAUGUCACUGCGCUCCACCUUUUCCCUGCACGAGGAAGAGGAAGACACAGAGCCACAGGUGUUUGCGGAACAGCCCUCCGUUAAGCUUUGUUGCCAGCUGUGCUGUAGUGUGUUCAAGGACCCUGUGAUCACCACCUGCGGACACACAUUCUGCAGGCGAUGUGCCUUGACCUCAGAGAAGUGCCCAGUGGAUAACUCCAAGCUCACAGUGGUAGUGAAUAACAUAGCAGUUGCUGAGCAGAUCGGUGAGCUCUUCAUCCACUGCAAGUACGGCUGUCGGCCAGCUGCCUCGGGCAAGCCUGGUUCCUUUGAGGUUGACCCACUUGGCUGUCCUUUCACUAUCAAGCUCAGCACCAGGAAAGAUCAUGAAGGAAGCUGUGACUACAGACCUGUUCGCUGCCCAAACAACCCCAACUGCCCUCCAUUGCUCACCAUGAACCUGGAGGCCCAUCUGAAAGAGUGCGAACACAUUAAGUGCCCUCAUUCCAAAUACGGCUGCACCUUCAUUGGGAAUCAGGACACAUAUGAGACACAUCUGGAUGUGUGUAAGUUUGAGGGACUGAAAGAGUUUCUGCAGCAGACAGAUGACCGAUUCCACGAGAUGCAGGUGACACUGGCGCAGAAAGACCAGGACAUCUCGUUCCUGCGCUCCAUGCUGGGCAAACUCUCUGAGAAACUGGACCAGUUGGAGAAGAACUUGGAACUAAAAUUUGAUGUGCUGGAUGAGAAUCAGAGCAAGCUCAGUGAAGAUUUGAUGGAAUUCCGGAGAGAUGCUUCCAUGCUAAAUGAUGAACUGUCCCACAUUAAUGCCAGGCUCAAUAUGGGUAUACUGGGCUCCUACGACCCUCAGCAGAUCUUCAAAUGCAAGGGUACCUUUGUGGGCCACCAGGGUCCAGUGUGGUGUCUGUGUGUGUAUUCUACUGGUGAUCUUCUCUUUAGCGGAUCAUCAGAUAAGUCCAUUAAGGUUUGGGACACAUGCACCACAUACAAGUGUCAGAAGACCCUAGAGGGCCAUGAUGGCAUUGUGUUGGCAUUGUGCAUUCAGGGGAACAAGCUAUACAGCGGCUCAGCUGACUGCACAAUUAUUGUUUGGGAUAUCCAGACCCUGCAGAAAGUAAACACAAUCCGGGCGCAUGAUAACCCCGUGUGCACUCUGGUGUCUUCCCACAACAUGCUCUUCAGCGGCUCCCUCAAAGCUAUUAAGGUGUGGGAUAUUGUUGGCACAGAGCUGAAGCUAAAGAAAGAACUGACUGGCUUGAAUCACUGGGUUCGUGCUCUGGUUGCUUCACAGAAUCAUCUGUACAGCGGAUCCUAUCAAACCAUAAAGAUCUGGGACAUUCGUUCUCUGGAUUGCAUCCAUGUGCUCCAGACCUCUGGUGGCAGUGUGUACUCCAUUGCCGUCACCAACCACCAUAUAGUUUGUGGCACCUAUGAGAACCUCAUUCAUGUUUGGGACAUUGAGUCCAAAGAGCAGGUGCGGACGCUGACGGGCCACGUGGGUACAGUGUACGCCUUGGCUGUCAUCUCCACCCCAGAUCAGACCAAAGUGUUCAGUGCCUCUUAUGAUCGUUCUCUCAGGGUGUGGAGCAUGGACAACAUGAUUUGCACCCAGACUCUGCUGCGGCACCAGGGCAGCGUGACGGCGCUCGCCGUGUCCAGGGGAAGACUCUUCUCUGGGGCUGUUGACAGCACAGUGAAGGUGUGGACGUGCUAAACACUUCAGAUAAUCAGCAGUAGUUGUGUCAAUACUGAAGGAACUGAGAUGCAUAGGCUUACGAAUGAAAAGAGUACGAGUACCAGUGUGAUUUUUUUUUUUUCAGUUUCAAGAGAGCAUCUCAAAAUACAUUGGACCAGAAAGGUUUUUCUACUCAUUUAUCAUUUUUAUCGUUUUGGAUUUGGGCAUCUGCCCCAUGUGAAUUUUCACUACACAGCAAAGUGUAGACAAGAGUUAUGUGAAUACAGCUUUAAGGUGCCCUUUGCUUUCCACAUACCUUCUUUAUGGAGCUCAUACCAGACACCUCUUGUGAGCAUGCAAAACCUCCAAAGGUCUUUUUGGACAGCCAUUGGAGAGCACUCCACAUAUGUCAUAAAUUUGGCAACACUGUAUUUUAUGUACGUAAAUAAGAUAAAUUCAGAUUAACUUGGAGAGUUCUUUCAAGUAUUAUUAUUAUAUUUUGAUCUAGAUCUACUGUAAUACUUCAAAUGAAACUUAAUGCAGUCCAAGAUCAUGUUCACUGAAGACCACGGCAAUGUUUUUGUGUCGCUGCUCUCAGAGGUGACUUUUGAACUCUGACCUUUGUGGGUUACAGUCUCACGACUGAGUGAGUGCCUAAGCUUCAGAAUGAUGCCAAUGGAGAUGCAUGGAGACUCUUAUACAGAGCAAUCACUCUGCAUGUGCAGGGAGCAUCGACAGGGCUGAAUGGAGGCCUACAGCAGUGCAUUGUUUUGGAGAACACAGUGCCCGUGUUUUUAUCUCAAAUUUGAGGGUGCCAACUGAGCUUCUGCUCAGCCAUUUUAUAACUGCCUGUUAUGUAUGUGAAACCUUUGUAUGAUGGCGUAAUUACCUGCUCAUUCAUCAUACUUUUGUGUAAAUAAUGCAAUGUUUCCUUACCAAAGGCACAACUGCUUCAUGCAUUUUCCAUGUUUGUCAUGGAAACCAAGCAAGUAACAAUUCCACAUGUAAUUGAAACUAGCUAAAUUAGUUAAAUCACUUUAAACUAAGUAGUUAUAAUUGCAUUUACAUUUAAUCAUUUGGCAGACGCUUUUAUCCAAAGCGACUUACAAAAGAGGAAAAACUAAUUAGAUUAAAAAAAUAAUUAGUUUAAUGAGUGAAGGCACUUACUAAAUCAUUAUCAAUCAUCCUGGGCCAACAUGGAGGAAUAAUUGAGGUGAAUGCAGUGGUUUUGAAAGGGAACGCUGCAUUGUGUUCAAUGUCGGGUUCCUCUCUCAAGCUCAUGCUACAAGCUUCAAAAAGACAUCAUUAACAGCUGCUACUUUGGAUUUCAUGGAUGCCUUUCGGUGUCAUGGGGCUACUCGUAUUAAGGAAAAUGAACUAAACACAUUUUAGCAAGGGUUGUUCCUUCUCUUUGUAUGUUUUAAGUCAGCAUCGAGCCUUGUGCCUGAGAGAGGACAUGAAAUUGAGACUGUCCACUGCAAAUAUGAAAACGGUUGCUUGUAUAAAUCACAUAAGCCAGAUUUUACCAUUAAAGCAGUAUACAUUUUUAA